AUGUCCGCCGUGCUUCAACAAGUUCAACUAGUUGUUGAAAUACUACAACAACGAUUACCACCUCCACCGCCAGUAUCAUCUUCUUCUCCACCCCUAUGUCCUCGAUCUCAUCCACCAGUUGCGGGUGUGCGACCAUAUCGAUAUAGAGGUCGAAUGCAGAUGCGAAGAGCGCGACAUACACCUCAACCUCUCCAUACUCUUCGACGACACCUCCAGCUUCAAUAA